GCACCAGCGCUGAGUCAGCAGCAUUUCUUUAAUUCAUAAUCCGCCAGGGGAGAAGCCAAACCAAACGACUCAGCGAGAGAAACGAUGUUGCUGCGAUUUUCGAUUCAACAGGCGAAGAAGAAUCUGAGGACUUUGAGGCCGGAGAUCCUCGCUCUCCGGAGCUGUGGUUUCUCCAUGGCGGCGGAACCGUCUUCUCAGCAGCGGAAGCCUCCGAGGGUGCCUAAUCUUAUCGGAGGUUCUUUUGUCGACUCUCAAUCAUCAUCACUCAUCGAUGUCAUAAAUCCUGCAACACAAGAGGUUGUUUCACAAGUUCCUUUAACUACCAAUGAUGAGUUCAAGGCGGCGGUUUCUGCUGCGAAGCAGGCAUUUCCAUCAUGGCGAAACACACCAAUUACUACUCGCCAGCGUGUCAUGUUAAAGUUUCAAGAGCUUAUACGCAAAAACAUGGACAAGCUUGCAUUGAAUAUCACAACUGAACAAGGGAAGACCUUAAAGGAUGCACAGGGUGAUGUCUUCCGUGGGUUAGAGGUUGUGGAACACGCAUGUGGGAUGGCAACCCUACAGAUGGGCGAAUACGUCCCCAAUGUAUCAAAUGGAAUCGACACCUACAGCAUCAGGGAGCCGUUAGGUGUCUGUGCCGGCAUUUGCCCCUUCAAUUUCCCGGCAAUGAUUCCCUUAUGGAUGUUUCCCAUAGCAGUAACCUGUGGUAAUACGUAUGUUUUAAAGCCAUCGGAGAAGGAUCCUGGUGCUUCUAUUUUGCUCGCAGAAUUGGCGAUGGAAGCUGGAUUGCCCAAUGGGGUUUUAAAUAUUGUGCAUGGCACCAAUGAUGUAGUGAAUGCUAUCUGUGAUGAUGAGGAUAUCAGAGCUGUUUCUUUUGUUGGUUCUAACACUGCUGGAAUGCAUAUAUAUGGAAGAGCAUCAGCAAAAGGCAAACGUGUUCAGUCAAAUAUGGGGGCAAAAAAUCAUGGAGUUGUCUUACCUGAUGCCAACGUAGACGCUACUUUGAAUGCUCUAGUUGCUGCUGGUUUUGGUGCUGCUGGACAACGAUGCAUGGCACUAAGCACAGUUGUUUUUGUUGGGGGAUCACAAUCAUGGGAGGAAAAAAUUGUUGAGCGAGCCAAAGCCCUUAAAGUCAGUUGCGGCACCGAACCAGAUGCAGAUCUCGGGCCAGUUAUUAGCAAACAGGCCAAAGAACGAAUAUGCAGAUUGAUCCAAUCUGGUGUUGAUAGCGGUGCUAAAUUGCUGCUUGAUGGAAGAGAUAUAGUGGUUCCAGGGUACGAGAAAGGGAAUUUUAUCGGUCCGACCAUUUUAUCUGGUGUUACUCCUGACAUGGAGUGCUACAAGGAGGAAAUAUUUGGCCCUGUUCUUAUUUGCAUGGAGGCCGAGACCUUCGAAGAGGCCAUAGAUAUUGUCAACAGAAACAAGUACGGGAACGGGGCUUCACUGUUCACGACAUCCGGCGCUGCGGCUAGAAAGUUCCAGAUGGAAAUCGAGGCAGGCCAGGUCGGUAUAAACGUUCCUAUCCCGGUACCGUUGCCCUUCUUCUCGUUCACCGGAUCCAAGGCGUCCUUCGCCGGUGAUCUUAACUUCUACGGGAAAGCAGGAGUUCACUUUUACACACAGAUUAAAACUGUGACGCAACAAUGGAAGGAUCCACCAAGUGGCAGCGGAGUUUCCCUCGCAAUGCCCACUUCUCAGAAGCCUUAAAAUAAAAAAUGGUAAAAACCAACGUUCACGACGAAUUUAAAAAAUAAAUUAGCUCGUGGAAUUUGAACCUCUGGUUUCUCUUCCUUUGGGAAAUAAAUAGAAAUAUGAAUAAUAAUUUUAUAUUUAGACGUUCUCAUCCA